CAGGGAAGGGAUAAAAGGGGAGGAGUGGUUGCGUCAGGGUGUUUGACUGGGCUCUCGGCUUUGUUUCGAAGUUGUGUAUCGUCCAGUGCUUCCAGCAUGUCCGGCCGCGGGAAACAGGGAGGUAACUACGCCGAGCGGGUGGGCGCCGGAGCUCCUGUCUACAUGGCGGCCGUGCUGGAGUACCUGACGGCCGAGAUCCUGGAGCUGGCGGGCAACGCCGCCCGCGACAACAAGAAGACGCGCAUCAUCCCCCGCCACCUGCAGCUCGCCAUCCGCAACGACGAGGAGCUCAACAAGCUGCUGGGCAAGGUGACGAUCGCGCAGGGCGGCGUGCUGCCCAACAUCCAGGCCGUGCUGCUGCCCAAGAAGACUGAGAGCCAUAAGGCUAAAAGCAAGUAAACUUGGCCGGCAAAGAUGCUCUUUGUGCGACGUUACAAACCAAAGGCUCUUUUCAGAGCCACCCAUUUCCUCAGAAAAGAGUUGUAUUGCUUUCUUUACAAAGGGCUCUGGUGCUGAUUUUUCAACAGUACUAGCUUGAACUGAAACUUGUGUUGCUGUGUUUUAAAACCUGGUUUCUACUCGAAACGACUUGAUACAUUUGUUUUCUAGUCCGUGCUUUUAAAUCAGCGCUAAUAUUUUCGAACUUAUUCGUUUAACUUUUCAUUGUAACACUUAGUAAAGGAUUGGUUCUUCGAGA